CUGUUGCUUGUUUCCUCAGGUGGAAGCGGACGGCUCGUUGAAGGAGCAAAUCAAAAUGGCGAGUCAAGAGGAGUCAGUGAGGGAGUUCGUCGCUGUUACCGGCGUGGAGGAGGAGAGGGCCCGCUUUUUCCUGGAGUCCGCCGGUUGGAACCUGCAGCUUGCACUGGGCAGUUUCUUUGAAGAUGGAAACGAUGAUGACAUUAUCACACUUCCUCAACCUGAGGGCGGCUCCUCCGUGUCUCGAUCUACUGGGCCCAGUAGUCAGCCCAGGGUGACCUCCUUCAGAGAUCUGAUGCAUGAGGCAGAGGAUGAAAGUGAUGAAGAGGAGGGUCAGAGGUUUUUUGCGGGGGGAUCAGAGCGCAGCGGGCAACAGAUCGUUGGUCCGCCAAAGAAGAAGAGCUCCAACGAGGUCGUGGAGGAUCUGUUCAAAGGGGCCAGAGAACAUGGAGCCGUGCCGCUGGACCGGACUGGGAAAGGACUAGGAGAAUCCAGCAAAGCAAAGGCUUUUGUUGGUGGAGGUUACAGACUGGGCGCCGCUCCAGAAGAGGAGUCAACCUACGUAGUUGGAGAGAGGCAAGCGUCUAACAGUCAGCAAGAUGUACAUGUGGUUCUGAAGUUAUGGAAGACGGGCUUCAGCCUGGAUAACGGUGAACUUAGAACCUACAAUGAUCCAGGGAACGCCAACUUCCUGGAGGCAAUCAGACGAGGGGAGAUUCCUCUGGAGCUGAGGCAGCGUGCUCGAGGCGGCCAGGUCAACCUGGACAUGGAGGACCACAGAGACGAGGACUUUGCUAAGCCCAAGGUCGCCUUUAAAGCCUUCGAAGGUGAAGGACAGAAGCUAGGAAGUGCCACUCCAGAGUUGACUUCAGCUCCACCCACCUCCCAGCAGGACCAGGCCACCAACGAGGCCCAAGCCAGUUCCUCCGUCAGCCUUGACCCCUCCCAACCUACUACUAACAUUCAGAUCCGAUUGGCUGACGGUGGCAAGCUGGUCCAGAGGUUCAACCACACCCACAGGAUUUCGGACCUGCGGCAGUUCGUGGUGUUGGCCCGACCCGCCAUGGCUGCCAGAGAGUUCGUUCUCAUGACGACCUUCCCCAAUAAGGAGCUGGCAGACGAGAGCCAGACGCUGCAGGAGGCCAACCUGCUGAACGCUGUUAUCGUCCAGCGGCUAAACUGAGGCUGGGACAACGAGACAGCCAACAUCCCCUUGAAUCCCCCCUGACCCUUUGCUUCCCUCACCCCAAAGUGGCUGAAGAACCACAGCCCCUCUGAGGGAGCAGAACACACAGACUUAAAUGGACUUCUAGUUUCUGAUUUUUGUUUUUCUAAAAUGAAACAUUAAGAUGUUGCUCCCCCUCUCCAUCCUGUUUUCCAUUCUCAUCCCACUCAGACUCCAGAGGCCUGAAACGCUGGUGAACCAGUCAGAAACCACCAGAUGCUGGUCACUUCCUCUUGUCUUGAUGAGUCUAGCUGAAGGAACAUUAUGCUGGUCCACUUUGGAGUCCAAUCUACACUUUAGCUUGUACUAUAAUCUGGCCACUGAACAAAGUUUAUAUUCUGGUACAGGAGCAGAUUUCCACUUGUAAACUGCACAAACAAUAACAGAGAUUAGAUUCAUCAUGUUUUAUUUUCCCCACACAAGGAUUUAAGUAACUGAUACCAGUAGCCUUACUCUCCUUUCUUCUAUUGUAACGCCACAACCGGUCCGUUGAUGAAAAGCAAAUGACUUUAUUUUUUUAAAACGCCUCUGUUUAUUAAUUUCCUUUUCUCAGUUAAAGAUGCUUUGCCCUGUUCCCACAGCAGCACAUUAGCGAGAGUCUGGUCUAAUAAACUGGUUGAGCAAAUGAACAUAGAGAUUGUAAACACUGGUUUCCUUUAGUAGAAUCUGAAUUUUUGUGACAAUGACAUCUUCUAUGCAUCCUGGGGCAACACAGAAACACGUUUGGGCCUCCAGUGAAAUAAACUCAUUUUAUGGUUGAUGUAAGGAGAA